UUUUCACCCAGUCAAGGCCGCACACUCAUAUAUAAAAACUCAACGUGAUGACGUCCAACCUUCUCUACCCGCCCAACAGCCACUUGCUGACUGACGUCGUCAUUAGCGCGGUGGUAGCCAAGAACAGAAGACCAGCUUCAGUAUUCAACAAAGCAGACAAUGCCUCGACACUUGAGCAACCGAGUCACCCAAGCUCCCACCAACCAACUUCAUCAUCGAUUGUACAAAUCACCCAACCGAGUGUGGUUAAUGACGUCGUCAAAGUGGCAUGGAAUGAGCUCAGUACAGCAGAAAAAUCGCUUCAGCUAUAUCGACAGCGUCGCCGGGUAACUCAGCAGAGAUACAGAAAAAAGAUCGACCACAGGGCAGCUUCCCUGGAAGCUGAUGUCGCAAAGCUACAAAAGGAAGUACAACGAAUCGAGUCAAUGCUACACCCUCCACCUACUGUGGCUACAGAUACGUCGCGCUGGACAGCAGCGGCGCAGUUCUUCAGCCUUUUUCAAAAUGGCAUAGACAGAGCCAAAGAGAAAGAACACGUUCAGAUUAGGUUUCUACAAGCGGCUAUGGCUCCUAACAUCGCGUUUAACGACGGAUACGGUAUCCAUGCAGUACUGAAGAAUUGGAGUCACCGCUCACUCCAUCAUGAGAAGACGGAGAUUCAGCUUGUACGUUUGGAACCAGGGUCAGAAGGCAUCGUAGUUGCCCAUUUGAGCAACGCUACUACCAUCACGGAAAGUAUGCUGCGCAAAUCUCUCUUGUGUGCUGGUAAAGAUGGUGAAAACAGCGAAUGGCCGUCAUUUGCUUGGAAGCUCCUUGGCCAGCGGCUUACUAUUCGGACCAUCGUGCGGUUUGAAUGGGAUUAUGAGAACAGUCGCUUCGACAGCGUUUUCUACGAAGCAGAUAUGCUGACACCGUUGCUCGACCUUUUAGGGAAUAUGCAAGACGCCUCCACUGUGCUGAGCAGCAGUCUUGGUAUAUAUUAGGGUAUUCCUCAGUGAGUCUAACUAGAAUCAUUUAGCUGAUCAGGUUUUAAGUUUAAAU